AUGGUCGGCGCGCUUCUGGGCCCGCGCCGGGCAGGGGCGGGGCUACGAGCGUCACGCAGGACCGAGGAGCCAAUCCGAGCGCCUCGGCCGGCCUCGCAACCGGCAAAGGAAACAGCCCGCUCCGCGCACAGCCCUCCACUUCCGGUGGCCGGUUCAGAGUCGCCGUUUGCAGGGCGCGAGCCGCUCUACCCCUCGGGUCUCCAUGGUUGCCCCGCCCCUUCACGUCCCCCUUGGGAACAGGAAAAGUGCCCGGCCGCACUUCCCACUUCCACCUGCGCGCGCGCCCAGGUGCCGGAAACUGGCAAGACGAACAAAGGGAAAGGGGCGGGGUCGUCACCACACUUCCGCGUCCUGAGGUCAGAUCCGGUAGCUGGCGGAAGCGGAACACAUGUGACUCGGAAGGGCAAAGCGGAGAGGAAAAUGGCCGGCUGGUUGCGGUUGCUAGGCGACUGGGGUCUGAGGGGCGUCUGGAGCAAAGGGCAGCUACCAAACCAUUUGAACAGAAGGACAUUCUUUGGCUGCCCCCACUCUAAAGCUGUCCCCAACCUGAUACGGCUACGAAAAGAGAUUCCCCAGAGGCCUCGCACAUCUGAAAUUUUCACUGCUGCUGCCGCCAAAUCAGGAGAGGAUGCAGCACUCAAAUUGGGGCUUCUUGCUAUUCCUGUGGCUACAUUUUGCCUUGGCACGUGGCAGGUUCAGCGGCGGAAAUGGAAACUGAAACUGAUUGCUGACUUGGAAGCACGAGUUACAGCAGAGCCAGUCCCGUUGCCGCUUGAUGUCCUGGAGUUGAAGGAGUUGGAGUACAGGCCAGUUAAAGUCCGGGGUUAUUUUGAUCAUACAAAGGAGUUGUACAUACUUCCACGAUCCUUGGUGGAUGCCAAGAAAGAGACCAGGGCUGCUGGCCAGUUGAUGUCAAAUCCAGAGAGUGGUGUGAACGUGAUUACCCCCUUUUACUGCACGGAUCUUGGAAUCACAAUUCUUGUCAACAGGGGCUUUGUCCCCAGAAAGAUGAUGAAGCCAGAGACCAGGCUGAAAGGACAGAUCCAGGAAGAAAUUGAGCUCACUGGAGUGGUAAGGCUGUCAGAAACCCGUAAACCCUUUGUCCCGGAGAACAACGUGGAGCAGAACCACUGGCAUUACCGAGACCUGGAAGCCAUGGCUAGAGUGACUGGUGCUGAUCCCAUUUUUUUGGAUGCGGAUUACAGAAGCACAGUUCCAGGGGGGCCAGUUGGAGGCCAGACAAGAGUGACCUUGAGAAACGAACACAUGCAGUAUAUUAUUACCUGGUACGGGUUGUGUGCAGCCACAUCCUACAUGUGGUACAAGAAGUUCAUUCAGAAAGUGCACCUCUGAGCCCCACA